AUGAUUCUCUUGGUUGUUUACUGGAUUGCUGCAGCUGCUUCUCCCCUACAACCCAUCUGCAUAUCUAAGCUUUUGCCAUGGAUGUGUGGGCUAUGUAACUUAAUGGUCAAUUUUGACCCCCACUUGGAUCAAUUGAGUAUGAUAAAUGUUGGUGGAUUGCUCCCCCAAAUCCAUGCUCUUCAAAUCGCCCUUAUUGGUUCCUCUGGACCUUCUUCUUCUAAAGACGGUGGCGGUAGAUCUGGUGACGGUGGUGUUUGUGCUUGGAAUUGGCCUAUUGUUUUCUUUUUUGGUUGA